AUGUUCAGCCACUCGGGAAUCAUCAAGAGUCCUCCACUGGGGGGCAAAUUUACCCUCCUGCGUUCACCACCUGAGCAAGCUGUCAAGGUUAGGAAGCCGGUAGCAUCCAGUCAUCUCCCACUUCCUUGCCCAAAGGAGAGUGAGGUGAAGGUCCAAGAAGAGCCCCAAAGAGGCAUGGCAAAGAUGGAGGAUCACACAAAGACUGAAGGAGAGGACGAUCGGAAGGGCCACCAAGACAACUUGAGUGAGAAUGCCCAGAUGUCUCCAAUGAGCUCCUCCUCAGAAAGCCAUGUCAUCCGCUCAGAUGGAGAUCCUGGAGAUGUCCUGCCUCCUUGGAAGCCUGAGUCCCAUGCCAUGGUGUUCUCUGCCCCAACCGCACGCUGCUUCCUGCUGCUGGAGAGACCAACAAAAGAAGUGCUGAGUGAAGACCACCGGCCCAGCUCGCCACGCUCACUGAUGUCUGGGAAGGAGCCGCAGCGUGAGAAAUCUUCAGACAUCCCAUCAAGAAGCUCCGCUUCCCUGGUAUCUACCAGCCGUAGGCCCUGCAAGCGGAACAUUCCCCUGACGCUUUUUUUGCUGCUGCCGGGGCUGAGGUCGACCCUGCCACUGACAUGGGAUCAAGGUGAGCUGCCCCCUGCUCCUAAGCUUCCGUGCUUAGCUCUUGCCAAAAACCCAGGCACCUUGGAGAAGAACACUGAGUGUCAGCGGAUCAAGAUCCUGAAUAAUAUAAGGAAGGUCAAGGAAGACUGCAGUGCCCCUCAGCCUGCCCCUUCUCUCUCCCCACCUGCCUCACAGAAUGCAGACUCCCUGUCCCUGACCAUUCACCCUUUGGAGGUCCCUGCUACUACCACCGACUCAGCCAACCUAUAUUCCAGGUCCCCCAUCCUGUCUGUCCCUCCACCUUCCCCGACACCCAAUAUUGAUCAGGAAACAAGAGACACAGUCCCUAAGUUGCCAAAGAAUGAAGGCCCUUUUUAUUCAGUCAUAGCCACAACACCUCUUACUUCUGACCUCCCCACACCUCCUAGCAUCCCAGCUUUCUCCUUCCAGCCACCGUCCUGUGAAAAGGAACCCCCAACACCCAUUUGUCCUAUGACUUCUAUGGCAAUCCCUUCCACCAGCAUGGUCAUGGCACCUGGAAGUCUGACCUUCCAGCCUACUGUAGAUCCUGAUGUCACUGACAUGGACACUCCUGCCCUUCCCCAAGCUGUCACUUUUAGGUCUCCCCCAGGUUUCAGGGUGGAGCAGAGGCACCCUUCAGGGGUACCAGUGUCCAUCACCCCACCUGUGCCGAUGGUCCCCUGCGCCACCCCAAAUUUCAACAAUCCCUUUGGCCCUCAAACCAACCCUCAGCCCAUAUUUGGGACCUCUGAUGGGCAGCAGAGAGCCUCUCUCCCUGGUGCUCCUGUUUUCCCCAGCCCCUCAUUUAUGGCUUCGGCUGUCAUCGGUGCUUCAGCAGGCAGCACCUCUGACACCGAAGCUAUGGACCCCACACCUCCUUCUUAUGCUGUCAUUCUCCAGUCUGCCCCUGUCUCCAGAACACACCACCCAGUGGUAGCAAUGCGUCAGCCCAUGCCUCGACUCAUUUUCCUGCAACGUCGGCCAACAGACAAACACUUGAAGCUUCUCUUGGACCCAGGUCUCCCGGCUCAGGCCACACUGGGGGCCAAUGAUGGGCAGAGGCCUAACGAUUAUUUUCUAUUGGGAAACCCAGCAGCUCCAGCACAAGGUAAAGUCCUAACCUCUCCUGCAGCCCAGCCACCGCGAGUCAGCAUCAUGCAGUCAGCUUUGCCAGCUUCCCUAUUCGCCACCACCAUCAACACGCAGCCGGCCUUUGGCGACAACCCAGGCAUUCUCCCCAGGGCUGUAUCCAUUGCUACUGGCUUUGGAGUUGCCACCAGGAUGCCCAGUACUGGGGACAGUAGCUCGCUCUUUGCCAAUACCACACCAGGCCCACUGUUCAUGGGACCUGCAGCCCCUAUGGCCGGUGGGAGCCUUGGAGUCAGUGUGUCAGCCCCAGGCCUCACUCAUUCAGAGGCAUCCAGACCACUUAACUUUGGGGCAGAACUAAGUGGGGCACCCAGCACCACUUCUGUUCCUACUUUGGGCCAGAUAACCUGCCAUCUACCUGACCACAGCAAGGCUGCUGCAGUAGGAGGGGCAGGCACCAUCUCAGCAUUUGGGAACAUACCUGAUUCCACCUUAAAUCCAAAUACAUGGGGCCUACCUGGGCUGAAUACAGGUGGUACGGUGAUGGCAGGGGACACCACCAUCCCCACGAUUGGAGGCCACUUUCCAUCAUUGUACCCAGGGCCCAUCUGGACAUAG